GCCUCCCGGCCGCUGAGGUCGCCCUGCGUCCGCCGGUGGAUCGCCCCCAGCGUCGGGCCGGGUCGGGCUAGGAGGGAAGAUGGUGCUGGACCUCGACUUGUUCCGCGUCGACAAGGGUGGAGACCCGGCGUUGGUGCGGGAGACGCAGGAGAAGCGCUUCAAGGACCCGGGGCUGGUGGACCAGCUGGUGCGGGCGGAUGGCGAGUGGAGGCGAUGCAGAUUUCGGGCUGACAACCUGAACAAACUGAAGAACCUAUGCAGCAAGACGAUUGGAGAGAAAAUGAAGAAAAAAGAGCCAGUGGGUGGUGAAGAAUCCAUACCGGAGAACGCUCUGAAACUGGAUGACCUCAAUGCAGACAUUUUAGCCGGUCUGAAAGUCUCACAGAUCAAAAAAGUCCGCCUGCUCAUCGAUGAAGCCAUCUUAAAGUGCGAUGGGGAACGGCAGAAGCUGGAAGCGGAGCGCUUCGAGAGCCUCCGAGAGAUCGGGAAUCUCCUGCACCCCUCCGUGCCCAUCAGUAAUGACGAGGACGCCGACAACAAGGUGGAAAAGGUUUGGGGCGACUGCACGGUGCGAAAGAAGUACUCCCACGUGGACCUGGUGGUCAUGGUGGACGGCUUUGAAGGCGAGAAGGGGGCAGUGGUGGCUGGGAGCCGAGGCUACUUUCUGAAGGGAGUGCUGGUGUUUCUGGAGCAAGCACUCAUUCAGUAUGCCCUGCGCACCUUGGGCAGCCGGGGCUACACCCCCAUCUACACCCCAUUCUUCAUGCGUAAGGAGGUGAUGCAGGAGGUGGCUCAGCUCAGCCAGUUUGAUGAGGAGCUCUACAAGGUGAUCGGCAAGGGCAGCGAGAAGGCCGACGACAACUCCUACGACGAGAAGUACCUGAUCGCCACCUCGGAGCAGCCCAUCGCGGCGCUGCACCGGGAUGAGUGGCUGCGGCCCGAGGACCUGCCCAUCAAGUAUGCCGGACUCUCCACCUGCUUCCGGCAGGAGGUGGGCUCCCAUGGCCGCGACACCCGCGGCAUCUUCCGCGUCCACCAGUUUGAGAAGAUCGAGCAGUUCGUCUACUCAUCACCCCACGACAACAAGUCCUGGGAGAUGUUUGACGAGAUGAUUGGCACGGCGGAGGAGUUCUACCAGGCGCUGGGCAUCCCCUACCACAUCGUGAAUAUCGUCUCAGGCUCCUUGAACCAUGCGGCCAGCAAGAAGUUGGACCUGGAGGCCUGGUUCCCUGGCUCAGGUGCUUUCCGCGAAUUGGUUUCCUGUUCCAACUGCACCGAUUACCAGGCCCGGCGGCUGCGAAUCCGCUACGGGCAGACCAAGAAGAUGAUGGACAAGGUGGAGUUUGUUCACAUGCUCAAUGCCACAAUGUGUGCCACCACCCGCACCAUCUGUGCCAUCCUGGAGAACUACCAGACGGAAAAGGGCAUCGUUGUGCCUGAGAAGCUAAGGCAGUUCAUGCCACCAGAUCUCCAGGAGCUGAUUCCUUUUGUGAAAGCGGCCCCCAUUGACCAGGAGCCUUCUAAGAAGCAGAAGAAGCAGCAUGAGGGCGGCAAAAAGAAAGCAGCCGCAGGGGACAGCGCCCUGGAGGGCCGGCUGCAAAACAUGGAGGUCACCGACGCCUGAGCCCACACCAACCACCCCAACCGCUAAUCACCUCUCAUCUCUGCCAGCUACGAGCUGGAACCUGAGCGUCCAGCCCCUUGGCUGCAAAGGGGAAAGGGAAUCAAUCCACUCUUCUAUUGUCCAAGAUUCCUGAGUCUCUGCAUGGAUUCAGGACUUUAUCCCUGGUGACUAAUGCAACAGUGUAAUAAAGCAUGUGUGGGGAAGGCCCCAUGCUGCUUUGGAGCCCUC